CAAAAGGCGCUGGAGGAUCUACAGCAGGUUAGAAACAGCAGAGAUUUUAUGUACAGGAAUCUCAAAACACAACAACACAUCAGUGUUGCUGUCUCUGCCCAGAUAUUUAAGGAGUGACCGGAUAUUUCCUCAGUAACACUGAUAUAUCUGUUGUUGAUCCUUGGAGAUGAAGAAAUAUCUCAUCCCAGCUGGAAACCUGUUUUGUGUCUGAAAUGAAGUUUUCUGUUGUAACUCAGUGAAAUCCACUGGAACCGGGUACACACCAGCUGGGAACGCAGCAGCAUUUGUUCAACUGCAUUGAUUGUGCGAGGGAUUCACUGCGUCUGACAUCUGACUUGAGACGUUGACAGCAGGUAGAUAUCAUUCACCUGCUCUCAGUGUAGGAAGCCAUUCUGUCACUCAGCCGACCCUCAGACAUACCAGUGAGUUCACCUUGGGGAGAGGUCAUUCACCUGCUCUGUGUGUGGGAGGGGAUCUACUCAGUCAUCCAGCCUGAAGAUACAUCAGCAAGUUCACACCACAGGGAGAGGGUUCACCUGUUCUGACUGCGGGAAGAGAUUCAUACUGUUAUCCAAGCUGAUGAUAUAUCCAAGAAUUUGCAACAGUGACAAGCUGUUCACCAGCUCCAUGUCUGGGAAGAGAUCCACUCAAUCAGCCAUCCCAUAGACACACCAGUGAGUGCAUAAGGGAGAGGGACUGUUUAUUUGUUGCGAGAGUGGGAGCAAAUUCUCACAAGGGAGAGACUCUCCACCUGUUCAGACCAUCCAAAGUGAUUGACAUACUCAUUCCAUCACUUCUCAGUGGGGAGAUGUCAUUCAUCUGCUCAGAUUGUGGGAAGGGAUUUACUCGGUCACAUCAACUGAAAGUACAUCAGCAAGUUCACACUGGGGAGAGGCUGUUCACCUGCCCAGACUGUGGGAAAGUAUUUACUCAGUUAUCUGAGCUGAGCAUACAUCAGCGAGUUCACACUGGGGAGAGACCAUUCACCUGCUCAGACUGUGGGAAGGAAUUCUCUCAGUCAUAUCAACUGAAUGUACACCAGCGAGUUCACACUGGGGAGAGGCCGUUCACCUGCUCAGAUUGUGGGAAAGGAUUUACUCUGUCCUCUCAACUGAUGGUCCAUCAGCGAGUUCAUACUGGGGAGAGGCCAUUCACCUGUUCGGUGUGUGGGAAGGGAUUUGCUCAGUCAUCCAGCCUACAGACACACCAGUCUGUUCACACUGGGGAGAAGCCAUUCAAAUGCUCAGACUGUGAAAAAAUAUUUACUCGGUCAUCUGACCUAUUGGCACACCAGUCAGUUCACACUGGGGAGAUGCCAUUCAUCUGCUUAGUCUGUGGGAAGGGAUUCACUCAGUCAUCUCAACUACAGAGACACCAGCGAGUUCACACAGGUGAGAGGCCGUUCACGUGUUCGGUGUGUGGGAAGGGAUUCACUCAGUCAUCCAACCUACAGAGACACCAGUCAGUUCACACUGGGGAGAGACCGUUUACCUGUUCAGACUGUGGGAAAGGAUUUCCACGCUCAUUUCAACUGAAAGUACACCAGCGCAUUCACACUGGGGAGAGGCCAUUCACCUGCUCAGACUGUGGGAAGGGAUUCGCUCAGUCAUCUGAACUGAAGGUACAUCAGCGAGUUCACACGGGAGAGAGGCCAUUCAUCUGCUCAGACUGUGGGAAGGGAUUCACUCACUCAUCCAACCUACAGACACACCAGCGAGUUCACACUGGGGAGAGGCCGUUCACCUGCUUCGACUGUGGGAAGGGAUUCUCUCGGUCAUUUCAACUACUGGCACACCAGCGAGUUCACACUGGGGAGAAGCCAUUCACCUGCUUCGAUUGUGGGAAGGGAUUCUCUCAGUCAUCUCAACUGAAGGUACAUCAGCGAGUUCACACUGGAGAAAGGCCAUUCAUCUGCUCAGACUGUGGGAAGGGAUUCAUUGUCUCAUCUCAACUGAUGGUCCAUCAACGUGUUCACACUGGGGAGAGGCCAUUCACCUGUUCAGACUGUGGGAAGGGAUUCACUACCUCAUCCCAACUGAAGGAACAUCAGCGAGUUCACACUGGUGAGAGGCCAUUCACCUGCUCAGACUGUGGGAAGGGAUUCACUCAAUCAUCCCAUCUGCAGGCACACCAGCGAGUUCACACUGGGUGAGACUAUUCGCCUGGUCUGUCUUGUGAGAAGAGAUUUCGUUAGUCAUCUCAACUGAUAGUAUAUUGGUGACUUCACACCUGUGCUGUAUGAGGAAGGAGGUUUACUCAGCCAAACCACCUGCAGACAAAUCACCGAGUUCACACAGGGGAGACAGUUUAAAUAACUCUGUGUUGAACUUUUAACCAUUAUGUUUGGUGAAUCCAAUUGCAAGUUGAAGAGUGACUGUUGGUGUCAGAUCCUUCUGUUCAUCACACCUGGAACUGAACCCUGGUCACUGGGCACGGGAGGGGUUUGUUCUGAUCACAUUGGCCUUUAAUUGGACCGGAGUUAAAUAUUGUGGAUUCGACAAAAAUAAAUCAGUCCUAUUCUAAACCUUGUGUCUCAGCCCCUUGCUGACUCUGCAGUG